AUGAGUAAUACUUCAUUUCAACAACAACAACAGAGUAUAGGUGGACCACAACAACAAAUACCUUCUUCAUCUUCAUCUUCUUCAUUAGGUUCAUCACAAUCAAAUUUACAUACAUCACCACCUUUAACCAAAAUCAUAGAUAUCAAACCUUAUGCAAAGGGUAUCAAUAGUAUAUUUAUAGUACUUGAAAAAGGAAAUGCUAUAAAGAAAAAGGAUGGUUUCAUCUAUCAAGUUUUAGUGGCCGAUAACACGGCUUGUAUAAAUAUGACGUUAUUUGAUGUACUCGGCGAACAAGUGCAACCAGGUGACAUUCUUAGACUACGUGGUGGCUAUGCUACCAUCUUUCAUGAACUAUUGAAUCUAUAUGUUGGUAAAAGUGGUGGUAUCAUUGAAAAAAUUGGAGAAUUCCAAUUUAGUUUUGUUGAACAUCCAAACUUGAGUCAUUUACAAUGGACACAAGACCCAAAUAAUCCAAAAACUAUUAUAGGGAUUCCACCAAAACAAUUUGGUGGUCCAAUCAUAUCUGCUCCAUUCCCAACUGGUGCUAAAUUAAAUAAACCUCCUCCUCAACAGCAGCAGCAACAACAACAACAACAACCACCACAACAACAACAAUCUUUACCUCAAAAUGCAAAUUUACCAUCAAGGUAG